AUGUUGAAGAAAAAGAGAAAGAAGCAGAGACGAAAGGAGAGAAGGGCUCGGAUACUUGAGAAGGAAGAGAAGGAAGGAAUGGUGGAGGCCAGUGGAACACAGCUUGAUACCCAGCGUGCGGAGUGGAGGUCGGAGGUUAGUUCAACGCUGAGCCCACAUGAUGCUGCCAUUACACCAACCUCUGGUAUAAAACUUGAAGAAUUAAAGCCUCCAGAUAUUCAGGAUAUUUUCAAGCUACCGAAGGAGUGGACUAGGGCCCAUGACUCUCCGCCCCACAUCGCGCCGAAAUGCCGGCGGCGAGUGGAAGGUCUUUUGGAACCAGAUGAGGGCGCGGUCCUUGAAGAUCUCCCUCCCGUCUCCGAACACCAGCCGAUCGCCACACUGUCUCAUGGGCUGGAACGUGUUUUAUUCAACCCGGGCGUGCAUUGGCUACAAGAUCCCCGAUCCCGCGUGUACAACUUCACACCCUGGCUCGAAACUAUCCCGAAAGUGAAUGACUUUGCGUUUGAGCGACUUGGAGGGUUCAUUAGGAGCUCUCGAGAUGAAGAUCUCUGGGCUUUAGCGAGGCAGCAGAAACGACGGUUCGCUGGCUCAACCUCAUCUCUAACGGGGAUGCUGAAUCAGAUUUACUUUUUGAUAUCAAACGACAAAGGCGUCGACACCUCGAUUCUCAGUCGGCACUUUAGAAACGAGCCAAGGACUUUCACACCUGGUCAACGUAUGCCCAAAACCGUUAUUUUGAAUCACGACGAAGGUGUCUAUGCAAUUGAUUCGUACGAGAAGGGGGGAGAUUCUGAUAAGAAUAUACUCACUUGGAUGGGCACACUCCUUGAAAAGUUUAUGACAAUGACGCCUGAAGAAUUUACCACUUUCACGCGGUCGGAAGCAGCCACCGAGGUAAAAGACUCUUCGCUGAGAGAGGCUUACCGGUAUGCCAAGUCGAAACGCUUCGUAAUGCGCUCUCAGUUGGACUGCUAUGACUCACGCCUACCAGGUACCGGGGUAUUCGAUAUCAAAACCCGUGCCUGCUUGCCCAUCCGUCUUGACAUUCUGAACUUUGAGGAAAAUUCUGGAUACUUGAUUAAGACCCAGCAUGGUCUCAUCGAGAGCUUCGAGAAGGAAUACUAUGAUCUCAUUCGUUCGGCAUUCCUCAAGUAUAGCUUCCAGGUUCGCAUCGGCAACAUGGACGGCGUCAUUGUUGCCUAUCACAAUACGUCGCGUAUGUUUGGUUUUCAAUAUAUUUCACUACCGGAAAUGGACGCAUGCCUUUUCGGACCUGGGGAAGGUGUCGGGGAUCGGGUGUUCAGCAAGUGUAUUGGUUUACUUGAGAAUGUUAUGGAGGAAGUUGUCCUUUGCUUCCCAGAUGAGUCCAUCAAGUGCACCUUCGAAACUAGGGAGGGCACCCAGUACAUGUCCGUCUAUGUCGAGCCUGCCAAUUGGAGUGGCGACGAAUCUGAGCGACCGAUUAAACUCCUCAAAGUAGAGGCGACGAGCUUCAAUGGUGACCUCUUUAUUCGAGGAGAGCGCGCGGUUUCCUCCACUGAACCUUGGACGAUACACUAUGUGAUCAGCCAACUUUCCCUGCCCGAGGAAGAGAUCCGUACUUUACUCCAAGGUGUCGAAGCCCGACAAUUCCGUGCAUACAACAUUCCAACUGGUGUUGAUCCUGAUUCACUGCAAAGCUUUUGGGAUACACUCAACUUUGGAGGAAAACCUGUUGAAGAAGUCGUGACAACGUUCAGACCAGAGGUAUUUAAACCUCCCACGAAGAACGUUGCAAUGUUGCGUAUGAUGGCGAGAGCUGGCCGGGAGGAGAGCGAUCGGAUGGCGCAACUGGAAUUUGGAAAGCAGAAGAUUGUCCUGGGGGAGCCGAUGGAAACAUACAGAUCGGAUUCAUCGGCUAUUGUCGGUGUUUCUGGCAUCGCUCUGGAUGAGCCGUCUGAGGAUCCGGUUAUUCCUUCCACGAGUGACCCUUCUGCCAUCGAGCCCUCGGCUACUAUUGUUGAUGCGUCCCAUGACUCCGAAAACAUCGAGACGCCCAUUGGCCUAGGCCAGCCGUAA